AUGUCUUCACGAUAUCCCCCAUCGUCUGGGUUCAAUUCCCGUGACCGUUCGCCGCAACGCUUCGGCGAUCGUAGGCCGCCAGCCGGUCCUCGUGGCUCUGACGAUGUGAGCUUGCCGCCGCUGGGGAGGGAGCCACCCCGAGGUCCGAAGGCCUUGAUCGACCACCCUCGAGGCGCGCCCUUUGGGGGUCGAGGUCGAGGCUAUCCGGGCCGGGGCGACUUUCGAGAUCGAGAUCGAGAUAUCCGCGAUAGAGAUCGAGACCGAGACCGAGACUUUAGAGACAUCCGCGACGGUCCGCCACCGUUCCGCCGCGACCUUGACCGCGAUUGGGGUCGCCGCGAUCGAGAUUUCGACCCCAGAGAACCGCGAAUCGGCUUUGGCCGCGGCCGCUCCCGUUCGCCUCCGCCACCACCCCGUGACUUCCGUGAUAUGAGAGAACCGUUGGGACGGGACCCUGAUCUAGUCCGUAUGCGACGAGGGUCGAGGGACAGCCUUUUGUCGGCUUCGUCUGCGACUGGCGACGUGCCGUCUUCUGGCCCGGGUCACCACCCUCGCGGGGGGCCCAUGCGAGGUCGUGGUCGGGGCGAUUGGGACAUUGGACGCGGUCGAGGCCGUAUUCCGUAUCUGGAUGAUCGUGAUUCGUUCCGCCGCCGCAGUCGAUCGAGAGACGGAAGAUGGGAGCGUGAGCGUGAGCGGGAUCGAGAUCGCGAUCGCGAGCGCGACCGUGAUCGCGACCGUGACCGAGAACGCGAGCGCGAUCGUGAACGGGAUCGAGAUAGAGAUCGCGACCGAGAUCGCAUGCUUGACCGGGAUAGAGAGCGGGACCGAGAUCGCGAACGGGCUAUUGAACGGGAUCGAGAGAUUGACCGACGCGAGCGCGAACGAGACCGAGACUUGGACCGCCGGGAGAGAUUCGACCGCCGCGACGACUUGGACCGACGGAUAGAACGCGACGAUCGCGACCGGCCGCCAUUGGAUUCCUGGAAGAGAGACCGGCCCCCUAGUCGCAAUGAAAAUCGGAUCCCGAGCACUUCGUCUAUCUCGUCCGUGCCGGCGGCAGGACAACCCGGCCCCGCCCCGUCCGAGCGCAUUCCCGAUCAUGCAGGCCCCGAACCGCCCCGCAAACCGCCUGCAACUGAGGCUCGCCGCGAGCCUGAACGGACCGAGGCCCCUGCUGCUCCUGCUGUUGCUCCUCCUGUUCCUUCUGCUCCUACUGCGCCUGCUGCUGUGGUAGCUCCUGCUCCUGCGCCUGAGCCUGCUCCUGCUCCUACUCCUGCCCCCGCCUCCGCCCUGGCCCCGGCCCCGGCCACUGCUCCUACCCAUGCUCCUGCGUCUGCUGCUCCUGCUCCUGUUCCUACUGCCCCUGCCCCUGCGCCCGCGCCCGCACCUCGCCCGGAAGUCGCGAAAGACUUGCCGCCGGUUGUCAAACGAUCUCCUCCGCCAGCAGCCCCGCAGGUGCCUGCCUUUGGCUCGGUCACGGCGCCUAUCCCUGACUUGCCCACCGAGAAGCCGCCCGCUGAAUUGACUCCGAUGCCUUCUCACGUUCCAAAGCCGGAGAAGCAGCACGAUGAUAUUCCUCCGCGAGGUCCCGUCCAACCGCCUACAGGACCAAAGGCCACCAGGCUUCCUGCACAGCAACCCCUGGAGCAACGGGUUCGACGUGAUGAUAUUCCAGAUGCUUCGAACAAACCUCACGACCCUCUACCUCGCGUGUCGAAGCCUCAUCCAGCAGCGCCUGCUCAUGUUCCACGGCAGCCGGACCUGUCGCCGCCCACGGCGCCCGCUGCGAUGGCUGGCAAGGAUGUCACUCUGCCCCACGGAGAGACCUCUCCCGCAGGCAAGGCCAGUUCUGCCACCAACCUUGUGGAUGGUAACAGAAAACCAUCUUCUGCUGGCGUGGCAACUUCUCCUGAGCCUCAUACAUCCCCUCGUAUGCAGCAUUCAUCAAACAUCCCCACUGGGCCGCGAGCGCUGCAGCAACGACCAUCCGUGUCACGCGGGCCGCCUAAAACCAACAAACAAUGGGUCCGCCCUGGCUAUAGCCGUCCGCCAUCGGGUCCAAUCCCCACGGCACCAGAUCGUGAGGGCAUGGAUAGCAAAGAUCGGAGGCCAUCAUUCGCUUAUGAUCUCAAAAGAGAACAGCGGAUGUCGAUCGACGAGAACAUGACGGAUCUAGAAGCUGGAGAAAUAGCGCCUGAGGAUGAUGUGCCACCCGCGAAGGCUCGUGUUUCCCCCGAAUCCCCCAAGCAAUCGAAGGCCCGUCAUACAACUCCCCCGCGGGCCGUCACGGACGCGGCCCCGCCCAGAGAGAAACCCACUGAAGAAAAGCCCGAUGUGUUCAUUCCGGACUUUGGGGGAUCGAGCGACGAGGAAGAAGAUGACAAGGUUGUAUUCACACAAGACUAUCUCGAGGAACGAAAGCGGAUCUUCGAGAAAGACAUGAACAUGCUCCGAGCUGAUCUUCCUCCGACUUCUUUGGAAGACCCGGGCAUCGUGACCCUACUAAUGCGAAUCCAAUUGCUGGGACUGAUUGCCAACGAUGUGGUCCAAGAAAAGGCUCCGACACCUCCCGCUCCCGAAACGAAGCCCCAAAUCGCCGUCGAGGAGCCCGUCGCUGCUCCGGUGGAACCCAAACCCGAAAAGGACGCCGUGGAGCCUGAGCCAGCAGUUAAAGUGAUGGCGGACUCGCUGCCUCCGACCGAUACAGUGACUGUCGAGCAUCUUCCAUUCUUACCCUCUGGUCCACCUACUCCUCUCUCUGAUCUCGAGAUUUGUCAUGAGAAUGAUGCUUCGUAUGAAUCGCUCAAGGAUAUUUUCCGCUCUGAGUUGAUGAAGCGCAACAAGGAGAUUGCGCUCAAGAACUCCUCGCUUCGGGAGGAAUACCUGCAUUACUACAAGCCCUGGCGGCUGAACGUUUCUGAAUUGGACAUGGCCAAGGAGAAACCCUCUGUAUCUCCUGCACCAGCUACGCCACCUGCCCCUCCCAUCGUGGUGACACCUACCACAACUGCGGAGGGUAGGCGGUUCAAGGGCAACAGUGAACUGGACUUCCAGAAUGCCCUGCGAGCGUCAGAGAUCUCGGCACAGGAGGAGUUGGAGCGACGCCGCGGCAACAAAGCCACCGCCCAGCCAGAUCUCAACCGGGAGGCGGUUAUUCCCGACAUGCUCGAAGCUCCUGAGGCCAAGGCGCGUAUUUACAAAGAUACCAACAAUAUUGUCGAGCCGACUAAUGCCAGAGCCGUGUUUGGCUUUUUGCCUCCAAGGAACGAUUUCACGCCCGAGGAGCACGAGGUUUUCACCGACGCAUUCAUGGCGCACCCUAAGAAAUGGGGCAAGAUUGCCGAGUCCUUGCCUGGCCGGGACUUCAAGCAAUGUAUUGUUCAUUACUACCUGACAAAGGAGGAAAUCAAGUACAAGGCGAAACUGAACAAGCGGUGGAGCCGUCGUGGCCGUGCCCGGAGAUCCGCUCGUCCCAAGUCCAAUGCUCUUAUGGCCGACUUGGGCGUCGUCAAACCGGAUUACGAAGGCGAGGAAGAGCCGGCUCCUGUCACAGACACGGGUCGUCCUCGUCGUGCUGCCGCACCAACGUUUGGUGACUCCUCUGCCGAUACGGAACCGUCCACCGCCGGCCGGCGUGGAAAUGCAGCCAAGGAACCAGAGCAAGGCGAGAAGACGGUUAGUCGACGCGGUCGGACUGGUCCGGGAUCGCGAGGUCGAAGAGGCAAAGCCGCUCAGCAACAACUGCAGCAGCAGCAACAGCAACAGCAAACACCGCAGCCUACACCCCCCGAGCAGCCUUUGAACAUCAGCGUCCCACCGCCAUCAGUCACGCCUCCUGUGGGACCACUCCCCAAGCCGGAGGCACCCGAAACGUCGAUGGAUGGUACACACGAUGCAGCAAUUAUACGACCCCGAGAGCCAACAGAACGAGAGCCCCAGGAAGCGCCUCCGCGCGGGAAAUCUGGCCGAGGUCGACAGAAAGAAGGUGUAUACGUUUUUGAAUCCGGGGAGCAAGAGGCCCCAUCAACCAGCCGACAGUCCGAGGUUGGCUACGGUUCAUUGCAGCCUACUAGCUACUGGUCUGUACCGGAACAGCGCGACUUUCCCCUGUUGCUGGCCCACUUUGGUCGUGAUUUUGAAGGCAUCUCCAAUUUUAUGAAGACAAAAACCACUGUCAUGGUGAAAAACUACUUCCAGCGUCGGAUUGACUCUGGUCAGAAGGACUUCGAGGACGUUGUUGCCGAUGCAGAGAGUAAGAAGGCGCGUGGUGAACGCACGGGUCCUUUGCCCGUGCCUAACUUCGCGUCCAAGCGGCGUUAUGAAGCCACGCCGUCUUCGAUAAUCCUUCCCCGGCCUCUGGCACCGCAGACUGAUGCAGCCUCUGAUACGGACGAGAAUCGGCCGCCGCCAAAGAGCAAGCACGCGGUUGCAUCGUCCACCCCAACGCAGCCGGUGCCUCUGCAGGCCCGUCCUCCGCCAGAGAAGGAGCGCAAUGCCAACCGUUACCCACCUCUUGCGCAGGCCAGCAGUGCUCCCAUUCCAACGGGGCCAAUUCUCGCCGAGGACACCACACGAGCGGCUCGUCCCCAAGCCCCAAUGGCCUCACGCAUGCCUGGCCCUCGCAUGGGGUAUUUCCCAGACGACAGACGCGAAGUUCCACCCACGGUUAUGUCUCAUACCACGACUCGACCCCAAGAGGCGCCGAUUACCGCGCGUCAAGCGCCCGUUUCUGCCCCCGAGAUCGCGCGCAUGGAAUCUUUACACGCUCAAGGGUAUCGGUCGUCCAACAUUGAUGCGCACGGGUCACCUCUUAUCACUGCACAGGGUGCGAUGCCACCAUCCCAGCCGGCAUACCUCCCGGCUCAGCCUCAGCCUUCACUGGUCCCAACGCCUUCUCAUUCUCGCCAUCCCAGCCUUACCAAGCCACCUAGCUCUCCCGUGCAACCGAUGCAGAGACAAGAACCCGAGAUUCAUACCGUCCGGCAUGAUCCAAUCAGCCAACGGUCAUACUACUCUCUGCCGAGCCAGCCCAUGGGCAUGGCUCAGCCUCCGCCAGUUCUGUCGCCUCCCAAAGAAACUCCUCGACCCGGGCCUCCUCCAUCAGAGCCUCCCGAGGCGCCCCGUCAAGUCCCGGCGAAGCGGUCCAAUAUCAUGAGCAUUCUCAACGAUGAGCCCGAGGAGCCCCAGCCGCGCAAGCGAUUUGCCAGCGACCAAGCCUCGUUGAAUACCGCUGGAAAUGCAGCGUCGCCGUCACGGCCCGUUUACACGGGAGAGGAACCCGUUUUGUCGACGCCUCAGCAGAAUGCCCCUGCUUACACUCAGCAGAGCCCGUACUUACCGCCAACUCGGGGGUACUCUGAUUAUCAAGCAUACGCCCCUGCUCCAGGCGGCUCUGCCGGGCCGGCGAACAACGACUGGAUGGCACGGUUUGACCCCAGGGGCCAGCAGCCGCAGCAGCCGCCGACUUCUCACCAGCAGGUCAACAACCGUCCCGCAUCGACACUCCCCCCUCAACCGCCCUUCUCCCCUUACACUUCCAACCAGUCCGUAUCCGCACACGCCCUGCCAAAUCUCACUGCGCCAUCUCCUGCUCCCACUCCCUCCCCGGCUCCGUCGCACCGGCCGUCGUACCAUGCCUCGGUCUACGCGCCAUCCCCGGCGUCCCACGCGCAGGCAAACCAAAUGCUGCGGUCGACCAUCGGGUCACCCACGUCGCGCAACAGCAACCUUUCCUACGGUACGCGACAAGGGCCCCCGACCCCGAUCCAGUCGCCUGCCAAUCUCCUUGGGGUGGCGUCUCGUCAAACCCCCGCCACGGCAUCCUACGCAUCGCCGGCACCGCCAACGCCCGUGCCCAUGACCAUCCCCAGUCAGCAGCAUCCGAGUAGCCACCAAACCUACCAACAGCACGUGCAGACCAUGGUCAGCGGUGCGCAUCAACAGCAGGCCCAUCGUACGCCUCCACCGCAGGCGCAAGGGCCUCGGGCCAUGCCAAUGGGGCGUUCCUACACGCCGCCGGCGAUCAUGCAGCCGAAUCCAUCGGGCGGGAUGAGCUAUGCUCCCGGCGGACCAGCCCCGACGGUUGGGGCCGUUCACCCCCUGCAGGCGCGCCCGGGGCCUGGCGUCUUGGGCGACGGCGGAAACCCCGGGCACGGUCAUCAUCGAGUUUAUAGUCAGGGGUCGAACGCCGGGUCGCUCUCGGUUCCAAUGACGCCUCAACACCCGCCUCGAUAG